GGCUCUGCAAAGGCAGGUGCCUCCUGAAGACCUGGCCCAAGUUUUCACAACUCCCGGGGGUUUCGCAACCCUCCCCGGGGGCCCAGGGUGCUUCGCCGCCACUGCCCAGCCUGGCGGUUCCUUCACUGACAGCUCAGUUCCCAUAAAUGGGAUGGUUUGGGGCGCAGGACUGUGCGUGGGACAGGUAUAAAAGGAAGUAUGGGGCGGGCAAGAGGCUCUGGCAGGGCGGCUGGGCACCACAAGCGCAGGAAGAGGCCACACCAUGCCCGUCUCCGCUGCACCCAGCACGGGCCUGAGGGCGGCUCACGCAGGCCUCCUGGUCCUGCUGCUGCUCCCGAGCUGUGCUGCGUCCACGCUGGCCUGCUACUACACCAGCUGGUCCCAGUAUCGCCAGGGGGCCGGCAGCUGCUUCCCAGAUGCCAUCGACCCCUUCCUCUGCACCCACAUCAUCUACAGCUUUGCCAACAUCAGCAACAACGAGAUCGACACCUGGGAGUGGAACGAUGUGACCCUGUAUGACACGCUGAACACACUCAAGAACAGGAACCCCGCCCUGAAGACCCUCUUGUCGGUUGGAGGGUGGAACUUCGGUUCUCAGAGGUUUUCCAGAGUGGCCUCCAACAGCCAGCAUCGCAGGACGUUCGUCAGGUCGGUGCCACCGUUCCUGAGGGCCCACGGCUUUGAUGGGCUGGACCUCGCCUGGCUCUACCCCGGACACAGGGACAAGCGGCAUCUCACCACGCUGGUCAAGGAGAUGAGGGCCGAGUUUGCGAGGGAAGCCCGGCAGGGCUCAGAGCAGCUGCUCCUCAGCGCCGCGGUGCCUGCCGGGAAGGUGGCCCUGGACAGAGGCUAUGACGUUGCCCGGCUGGCCCAACACCUGGACUUCAUCAGCCUCAUGACGUAUGACUUCCACGGAGCCUGGCGCCAGGGCACCGGCCACCACAGCCCCCUGUUCCGGGGCCCGGGGGUGGCAAGUGCUGACAGGUUCAGCAACGCUGACUACGCCGUGGGCUACAUGCUGAGGCUGGGGGUCCCGGCGAAGAAGCUGCUGAUGGGCAUCCCCGCCUUUGGGAGGAGCUUCACGCUGGCCUCUUCUGAGACAGGCGUGGGGGCCCCCAGCUCGGGGCCAGGGACACCAGGCCGGUUCACCCAGGAGGAAGGGACGCUCGCCUACUAUGAGAUCUGUGACUUCCUUCGAGGAGCCACAGUGCACAGGCUCCCCGGCCAGCAGGUCCCCUAUGCCACCAAGGGCAACCAGUGGGUGGGGUACGACGACCAGGAGAGUGUCGAAGCCAAGGUGCGGUACCUGAGGAGCAGGGAGCUGGCUGGAGCCAUGGUGUGGGCCCUGGACUUGGACGACUUCCGGGGCACCUUCUGUGGCCAGAACCUGCACUUCCCGCUCACAAGUGCCAUCAGGGAUGCCCUCGCUGCGGCUUAGUGCUCUGCCUCCGGCACACACAGCACGGGGGUGCCCCUCGAGCUGCAGUCCUGCUACUCGGGGGGCCAGUCAGUUGCCCUGCUGAGCCCCGUCUCCUCCCCUGGGGCCCAUGCAGAGGCCACAGCUCUGAGCUCAGCUACGUGGACACGCAGGUGGCAGUGGGGCUGUGGGGCACUGAGGGCUGGGGACCCACAGUGUCAGACGAGGCACAGAGCACAUGGCCAAGAAGUGAAAGCGCUUGUGACCGAAAGCCCAGCUCCCUUCCCCGGGCCCCCAGUCUGGGGCCACCACGCCCUCCACAAGGCCCGCCUUCCCCCCUGCAGCCGCAACGACCUUGUGUCUCCCCUCCUGGCUCCACGGUGCUCAAUAAAGUGCCAGCGCUCCAG